GACGCGGUGCCAGGAGCCAGGGAGGGCCGAGCGCCGGUGGCCGUCAUGUCCGAGAUACUGUGCGAGUGGCUGAACGAGGAGGUGAAGCUCUCCCGGAGCGUGGUUCCAAGAUCAAUUUCAGAAGAAUUUUCUACCGGCUACCUCCUUGGAGAACUUCUGCACAAGUACGGUCUUCAGGAUGACUUUAAUCAGUUUUCACAGAGCAGGGCUGCAAAUGCAAAGCUUAACAAUUUUUCUCUCCUGGAGCCCACACUUCACCUGCUUGGAGUACAGUUUAAUGAGAACGUGGCCCAUGACAUCAUGAUAGGAAAGCAUGGGGCUGCAACAAAGCUUUUAUAUGAAUUGUACAUUGCUUUAGAAAAAAAAAGAAAAACAAAGCUCACUGGAGUAGCUAUGGAAGCAAUAAGACCUGCAGUACCUGCAAGGCUCAAGUCUAUUGGAAGUGUUUCAUUUCGAGAGCGUUUGAAAUCUUUAAUAUCACAUCAGGCUGAUUUGCAACUACAGCAGGUUUCAGAUCAUUUUGAAAUGAAAUCUAAGACAAUAGAAGAUAAAAUAGCUCAUAUACAUAUUUCAGAACAACAGAAAUCUCAAAAAUUUCAAGAGGAACAAAGAGCCCAAGACACUGAAAAGCAUUUCAUAGGAAGAAGACAAAAUGAAAUAAUGGCCCGGAUUCAAGCAGCUGUUAUACAGGUUCCAAAGCCAUCACUAAGCCACACCUUAAAAGCUAAUGAAGCAAAAAAAUUGCUAAAGAAGAAAAGAGAAGUGGAGGACACUUACAAGGAGAUUAACAAGUUUGAGAAGUCCAUUGUAGGAAAUGCUUUUGAAGUACACAGCCAAGUCAUUGAUAGUGAUAUACAAGAAUCAUUUCAAACACAGAAGUUGCAAAAAACAACCCUAGAAACUACAGCACAGGCAGCAACUGAGCUAUUACCUACUUAUUCAGAUGAUGAGUAUGUAAGAAAAAUUCAAAAACAUUUGGAGGAAGAUGUGUUUGCUAGAGAACAACGAGAAAAAAGACGUCGUAAAAUGUUAAUGGAACAGUUAAUAGCACAUGAAACAGAAGAGGAGAUUUACCAAGAGGAACAACUUACUUACAAGCUCAUGAGACAAUCUCAGCAGGAGCGGAGGAUUGCUGUUCAGCUCAUGCAUGUUCGACAUGAGAAAGAGGUCUUAAAACAAAACAGAAUUUUCAGGGAAAAGCAGUAUGAACAAAGACGACUUAAAGAGUUUCAGGAAGCUCUUGACAGAGAGGCGGCUCUUGCGAAACAAGAAAAAAUUGAUUGUGAAGAACAAAUUGCCAAGGAAAGAGAGCAUCAUGAGAAAAUUGCCAUUGAAAGAGCUCAGGCUCGCUAUAAAAAGCAUUAUUCCAUAUGUCAGGAAGUGAUUGACCAAAUUGUUGAUUUGUCAACAAAAAUAGGAGAAUAUCGAGUGCUGACAAACAACAAAGUUCCAUUGAAACUGAUCUGUGAUUGGAAGGAAUUAUUUUUUAAUGGAAAAUCGAUAUAUGAAAAAGCCUCAAUUAAAACUUUGCCAAGUGAACCAAACUCAGAACAACUUAUAGAGUUGAAUGAAAUGGAUCUGUUAGAUGAAAAAGAUUAUGGUGAAUACAAGAGUAUGACAGGGGAAUGGUGUCCAGCUGAUGAGAACAGAAAAAACAUAUCUCCUCUUAAUAACAACAUAUUGGGUCAUGUGCUUCAUAGACUGAUGGAGAUUUUCUAUCCUUCAAAACCCAGAUCUUCACUGCCUAUAAUUCCUCCGUUUCACAUCAAGGGAUGUAUUCUGGGAAAACCUUUUAGUGGAAAAACUACCUGUGUAAAUUUUCUUGAAAAAGUUUGCAAUAUUCAGGUACUGUCUGUUGAUACUCUGGUUCAGGAGGCCAUCCAAGCUUUUCUUAAUAAUGAAAUGAAAACUGAAUACAACUUGAUUUCACAGGAAGCAGAGAGCUCUGCAAAACAAAACAAGGUUCAGAGGAACUUCUCAGCAUCAUCAAUGACAUUUUUAACAAGAACAUCUGCUAAUGGAACUGGAGGUAACUGUUCUGUCAAAAAGCAUCCGUCCGAUCAGGAAAUUCUAUCAGACCACAAAGAGAAUGACAUAUCUGAGCUAUCUGUACGUGCCCAGCUUGGCGCUGCAUCACAGAAAUUGCUGAAGAAAGGAAAAAGUAUCCCUGAUGAAUUACUAGUUGACAUCCUAUUGGAAGCCAUUAACCACACACCACCAGAGAAGGGAUGGAUUCUGGAUGGAUUUCCAAUGACGAUUAAUCAGGCAAGGCUAUUUGAAAAAGCCUGUACAGGGAUUGAUUCAGAUGAAACGGAAGCAAAAUAUGUGAACUGUGGAAAGCUCUCACUUGUUACAAAUCCUAGAACUCCUAACGAGCCUCCUGUUGCCUUACCUGCAUUUGAUGUUUCUGUAUUAUUGGAUAUUUCAGACACCACAGUAUUGAAACGAUUGGCUAGCUUGAAACCAGAUAAAUCAAAGUCCUCUCAAACUGAACAGCAGGACAACGGUCAAAAUUCAGAUGUUAAAAUCGUAGAAGAGAUGACUGACUUAGCAAGGGACCAGGUGCUGCAUAGAAUUUCAGGCUUCCUAGACACAUGGCCGGAAUUAGAGAACUGGUUUUCAGACCAUCAAAACACUCUAGUGAAGGUCAAUGCAGAGACAGAAGAAAGUAUUGUGUGCAAAACUGUAAAGGAAAUUCUGAUUGAAGAAAUUGACAAAAAGCAGAAUAAAAGGUCUGUCCGAGAAAAAUCACCAGACGAAAAAGCUUUGCCAGUUAAACCUCAAGAUCUGCUUUCUCCUAUUCCUGUGACACCACUACUGAUUAAGCCAGGAACGGGUGAAUGGAUUUAUGUAGAUGAGCCACUUCCCAAGGAGAUACCUGAUUUUUUAGUACCUUACUGGGAAAUGGUAGAAAAUGUGUAUGUGAAUACCAUCAAAACUGUACUUAGAUGUCUAAGGGAUGAACAGUACUCCAUGAUACAUUAUUUAGCAGAUAUUAGAAAAAAUUUCCAAGAUUAUUUAAAACAUCCAGAUCAUAAGCAGGAGUUUGUAUCCCAGUGGCAAUCAGAUUUUAAUUCAGUUUCUGAUGACCUGAGGGAAGAUGAAGAAACAAAAGCAGAACUACACCAAAGACUGACUGAUUUAAGGGAUCUUCUCUGGGAUAUCUGUGAUAAAAGAAGGGAAGAAGCAGAGCAGGAACGUACUGAUAUCAUGAAUGAUGGCUGGUUGCGAGAUCAUAAGGGGAUUGCAAUAAAUCAUUUUUUUUCACUUAUGCAGGUUGAAGUGGAUCGUUUUCAAGAUACAAAGAGACUUCUUCAUGACUACUACAGAGCAAUGGAAGGAAAAAUCCCAACAGAAGACAGACAAGGUUUUACUAGACUCCCAUUGCUAGAUAUUGUCGAUAAAGAGCAGAAAGAAGAUCAGAAUGAAUCAAGAAGAAUUCCUCUAGUUCCUUAUAACCUGCCUUCACCAGAAACAAAUAUUACCAAAUCAAGAAGCAAGGGAACUCUACUGAAGAGUGUUAAGGAUGAGAAUUCUUCUGAAAAUGUAGUGGUUGCUUUUGGGAAAGAUGAAAAUGUUAUUUCUGAUAUAUGGCAAACAGCAGUAACAGCAGUAUCAGAUAUGGUAAAAGCAGAAGUACAGUCAAAAGAAGUGAAGGAAGAAGGAGAAAAGCAGCUACAAGUGAAAGAAGAUCUGAAAUCUUCUCAGACAAUGUCAAGCAGGUCUACUGGGAAGGAUGCCAAAGACACCAAAAAAUCCUCCAAAUCACCUACUAAAAAGAAAGGACCUUCUUCUACUGCCUCAGCAGCUGAAGGCAGUCCAGUUCCUUUAACCUCUGAAGAACUGAAGAAACAAAAACUAACACUUAAAAUACAGCAAGAAUACUUUGCUGCCCUGAAACAUGAGGAGAAAGCUACAAAAACUCGACUAAAACUUAUAAAAGAAAAAGCUUUAGCAUAUGUUGAAGAGUUAACAAUGAAAGCAGAAGAAGCUUAUAAAGAUAUGGAAAAGUGGCUUGGAGCAAGGUUCCUGGCAGAAAUGUCCAGUGUAGAAAAGCUGAUUGAGGUAGGACGGCACCAUAUUGAAAGUUCUAGCAAAAUGCAAUAUGAAAUGAAUUUAGAAGAAACAGAUUUCUUCAUCAGCAGUGAUGUAAAAUUGAUUCCUGACCCUGUUCCUCCACCACGAGUUCCACUAAUAGAGACUUCUGAAAGUAGUACUUUAACUAUUUCACAACUUACCACACUUCAUAAACAUUUUCUACAAGUGGCACCAAAAGCCAUAAGAGCACUGAAGCAAUUUAAAGGCAGGAGUAAUUCUUCUAGCAAGAGAGAAAUUGAUGACAGAGGGAAGGAAAAGAAAGCUUUGGAACAUCCAAGAAUAAAGAAGAAUCGCCAGUUUCCAAAAAUAUGGCUGACAAAAUACUCCUGGUUAAAAUAUGAUGAUGAAAGAGGAAUAAUGUUCUGUGCAUUGUGUCGCAAGCAUAAUGUGGACUUGGGGGAAAGCAUUCAAAAUUUUUGUUCUGGCACUGAUGACUUCAAACUGGAAUUUAUAAAUAUACACCAGAACAGUGAAGCUCAUGCUUGGGCUACGUGCAUGGAAGCUGCCAGUACUGCUUCACCAAAUACAGUUUCUGCUGAGCAGAUGUUGAAGAGUAUGAACUCCACAACAAUAGGAAGAGUGGAAGUUACUUUUACAUCAUGCCAUGCAAUUGCUAAAUCUGGUUGGCCCUUUACAGACUUGGACUGGAUCUGUGAACUAGAUGAUGCGAAAGGAACAUACAUUGGUUCUGUAUUCAGAAAUGAAAAGUCAGUAAGAAUGUUUAUACAUUUUAUGGCUGAAGUAGAAAGAAUAUCUCUAAAAGAGAAACUGGAGAAUUGUAAAUUCUUUUCUCUUAUUAGUGAUGAAUUCACAGAUAGUAUAUUCAAAUCAGUGGUGGUUGUCUAUGUGCGCUUUGCAAAUGAAGGAAAAGUUCACUGCCAGAUUGUUGGGGUUCAACCUGUUCAAAACAAUGAUGCUUCAACUAUAAAAAGUGCAAUUGAGGAAACAUUUCAAAUAAAUCUUCAGCUUAGCUUGGCAAGUCAAAACUGCUCAAGAAAAUUAGUUGGAUUUGGAAGCGAUGGGAUUGGUGAAAUGACUGGUCAAAAAGAUGGAGUAGCUAACCUUGUGAGGGAAAUUCAACCUUGUGUACAGUCUGUGCAUUGUUUUGCUCACCGCCUAAGGCUGGCUUACAAGGGAGCACUGGAAAACAUUCAGCUAUACAAUAUCUUAACCAGUGGCUUGAGAAAUAUGUACUACUUUUAUCACAACUCUACUCUAAAUAAGAAUAAUCUCAAAGCUAUAUAUGAAGCUAUCAAUUUACAUCCAGCUAUUCCAUCUCGCAUUGGAGGCUCCCAGUGGCUUCCUCGCCUACAGACAGCUCUACAGAUUCUCCUUAAAGGUUAUCCUGCAUUUGUUCUACAUCUGAAUAAGAUUGAAGGAGAUUCAAGGACCUCGAAUAGGCAGAAAGUCAAAGGCCUAUUGUAUCUCCUUGUGAAAAUGGAGGUAGUCAAGUUUUCCCACUUCUUAUUGGAUGUCAUCAAUGUCCUCAACAUUCUGUUGCGUGUUACUCUGGAUCACAAUUCCUCGAUUGCAGAUAUAUUUGCUACCACGCAGUCAACUGUGGAAACGCUCCAAAUGUAUCAAACAAGAGCUGGUCCAAGGGAACGCUUCACGGAGACCAUUCAGUAUUUUCAUGGUCACCAGCUUGUUGGAAAUGGAAAUAUUUCAGCAGUACGAACCAAAGUACUAAGUGAUUUGGUGAAGAGAUUAGGUGAUUGUUUCUGUGAUGCUAAUCAAGAUGUCUUGAAAGCAACUCUUAUUGGAAGUUUUAAACUAUGGCCUGACAAAAUGAAACAAGAAUUUGGUGAAAAGGAAGUAUCUGUCUUGAGUAAACAUUAUGAAGCCAUACUAAAAGCUGCUAGUGUGAAGAUCAGUGAAGUUGGAACUGAAUGGAACAUGCUGAAAUUAGAGCUUUAUAACAGAUUUCAGAACAUCCAGACCUUGACAUGGGAUUCAGUGAAUGCACACUAUUCAAAGAAGUAUCCCAAUAUCCUGGCAUUGGUGGAUCUGAUCCUAACUCUGCCAGCAAGCUCAGCUGAAACAGGGCAAAGCUUCAGUCAAAUGGAAUUCAUCAUGAUGCAUCUGCACUCUAAACUAAUUUCUGAAAAUGUGACAACAGAUCUUAUGACAAUCCAGAUGAAUUCUCCAGAUAUAGAAAAAUUUGACCCCUGAGAAGCUAUUAAUUUGUAGAAUAUUAUUUGGCAGAAAAAUAGUAUGCCACAGGCAAAUGAUAUGGCAAUAAAUGAAAGAUCAGUUUGCUCCUCUGAGUUUGAUUUGGAGACUCAGAGUGAAAGUGAUUAGAUGUUUUCCUUCAAAAUCAUUCUUGUAACAUCUACGAACAAUUUACCAAUAUAUCUUGCAAGAUUAAUGACUGUAAAAUUUCUAUCUUUUCCAUAAAGUACUACAGUUAUUUUUAAAAAUAGCUUUUCUUUCUGUGCUCUGUUGAAUCCGUGGUAGCUUUUUAUACUUGUCCUCCUUUUCUAGAUUUCUUACAAAUCUGAAAGUAAUAAACGAAAAAUAUGCAGUACGUUGUGACUGUGUCUACAGCAGAGAGGCUACAUUCAGAGAGGAUGAGUCAUAAUUACCUGAUCCUUUGUUGUAUUUAAUCUAAGCCACUGAUACAUUAUAUCCACUUAAUUUAGCCCUUAUCUUUAAUAGUUUGGGAAGUUUUAUUCAUUCUGAAAACCAUUAGUUUCCUUUGAUAAAUUUGUGGGAAAUCAGUGCAUGAUUGCUGUCAAAUGAUUGCUUGGCAUCCUUAGCCUCUGAGUUAAGAAUAAUGACUUCUCUCCAUAUCUGAGUGUAUUACUACUUCUAAAUCUCUUAGAAAUAGAGUUUAACAUGGCAUUUCAAGUUUCUUGUCAGACUUGUCCUUCAGAAGACCUUUCUACAUAGUACAAGGUACUGUAACGUAAAGACUUCUUAGGAAGUUCUGUAGUCCACUGCUGAUAAUUAAUUGCAUAAAUCAGACUUCCCAUAGCACAUGCUCUUGCAACCAGGAUAUGAGUAAUGUACUUCAUAGCUUAAACCAUUUAAUUUUCAUGUAAAAAUAUUUCAGUGAGGACUAGAAUAAGAAUGCUGUAUCUUUCUAACAUUGGAGUUGAAGAUGAUUGCUGUUCAGAGAAUUUUCUGGUGUCAUAAUUUGCUACUAUCUUCAUGUUCUGAACGAAACUUUCUGCUCAGUUCCAGUCAUUGAAAAGCAUCCCAGCAGAAUAUGUUUAAAGAAAACUAGUAAGAAAUUGUUAAAGGCUUUUCUUAGUUAUGCCCAAACUGAUGAACUAAAAAUAAUUUGGGGUAAAUAAAUUUGAAGUCUUUGACCUUUAACUCAAUCCUUUUCUAAACUGAGAUUAACACUCUGCUUUUGAUAUAAGAAGUCUAGUAAUUGCACAGGGUGUGAUAUUUACAUAUAACUUUUCUAUUUUUGUUUAUGUAUUCAUGCUACUUCUAGGUCUAAGUAGUUGUAUAUGUCAGAAACAGAAUGUGUUUGAGUACUUACCUCUUUAAAAUAUCUUAAUCCACAAGUAGAAUUAACUUUCAGUUACUGAACAAAAGAUCAGUACUGCAUAUUAUAUGGUAGAUUAUAAAAGAUCAUUGAAAUUUGUGCAUUUGUGAUUUCCCAGAUAACAAAAAUGUUCCUAUAUAUUUUAUCUAAUAAGCAACGGGAUAUAUAUUAUAGGGCGUGCCUUAUUAGAUGUAUUGCAUAGCUGUUUCCAAGGAUUUUCUCUUUAAAUUUUGUAAUGCCAGAUUUUUUCCUUUGAAGUUUCAAAUGGAAAAGUUCUAGGUAUGAUAAGAAUGGAAAAUAUUUGGAAAUAUUACUUAGGAAGUCCAAGAGCAGAAGACGAAAUCUGAAGUAACAAAUACAAGUAGAUGUUGAAUCUAUAAUUCUGAAGACACUUUUGCGAUGCAUGAGUGUAACAUCACAAUUUUUGGUGUUAGGAUUGAAUAUGAUGGGUAAACUGCCCUUGCCAAUGAAAUCUUAAUUUCACAAAAAGUAAGAGGUAUUGAAAGAUUUGCAGUGAAAUAGGACCAAGACAGACAACCUGUAGUCAAUAUUUGCCUCUCUUCAUAGGUUUGUUAAAAUAUUCUCUUGCUUUUUAUAACUAUCUGAAGUAUUUUGCUGAAGAUAAAAACGAUCUGCUAUCAUCCUUCCUGACGUUACCUACGGAGAAGAGUUUAUUACUGUGUUCUUUGUAAUGCUUUGUUUUAAUUGAACAGCUAUUGUUACUUUCUCAUGGCCUUCCAUUUCUAGAUAAAAAUAGCAGAAGUCUUAUAAUAUUGUCUCUCAGGUCAUUUUUUAACUCUGUGAUGAUUCUUGCUUAGUUUCUAUACGUCCAUCAAGAUCUUCAGAUUCCAAGAUUGUCUGUCAACAGAAACCUUAACACUGCAAAUAUUAUUUCAAAUUUCUUCCCAUAUACUUUUUGAUGAUAUUGUAAUCAACUAAAAUCCCUAAAGCCUUUCUACAGAACUGUUACUUUGGUAGUAUGACUCUCUCUGUGACAUUUAUGCAGUGAAUUAUUUCAGUACAGUGUAGCACUUAACAUUUAUUCUAAUUGGAUGUGUUCUUUUCAUCCCAGGCUUUACCUCGAAUGUGUAAAGUUCAUUUUGAAUUCUAAUUCUGUAUUCCGAAGCACCUGAUGUCCUUUCAAGAUUG